CGUAUGAUAAACCUCGCAGAAUUGACCCCUUACAUCCUGUGUUCCAUCUGCAAAGGUUACUUCAUUGAUGCUACAACUAUUACAGAAUGUCUGCACACCUUUUGUAAAAGCUGCAUAGUGAGACACUUCUACUAUAGCAACAGAUGUCCAAAAUGCAAUAUUGUCGUACAUCAGACACAGCCCCUUUAUAAUAUCAGACUGGACCGACAACUGCAAGACAUAGUCUAUAAAUUAGUUGUCAAUUUGGAAGAGAAAGAGAAAAAGCAAAUGCAUGACUUCUAUAAAGAAAGAGGAUUAGAAGUGCCCAAACCAGCUGUCCCACAGCCAGUUCCAGUGAGCAGAGGAAGACCUCGAAAAGUUCUGGGCUCCGUGUUCCGGAUCCCACCAGAACUUGACAUCUCCAUACUUCUGGAGUUCAUUGGAGCUAACGAAGGCACAGGGAAUUUUAAGCCUUUGGAAAAGAAGUUUGUCCGUGUUUCGGGGGAGGCAACAAUUGGACACGUAGAGAAAUUUCUCAGACGAAAAAUGGAUCUGGACCCUGCUUGUCAGGUAGACAUUAUAUGUGGUGAUCACUUGCUAGAACACUACCAGACACUGAGGGAAAUUCGUCAAGCCAUAGGAGAGAGUGCAGUACAGGAUGGUUUACUUGUACUGCACUAUGGCCUGGUAGUAUCUCCGCUAACUCUGACUUAA